GAGCAAACCACAGCCGGGUUGUUGUUGUUGCCAUGAGGACAGGGUAGCAACAGGGAGAAACAGAGCUGCAGCAGCAACACGCAUCGUCCACUUUCAGAAUGGGGAGCUGAGGAGCUGUCACAGUGUUUGUUUGGUCUGGAUGAAUAUGAGCAGGUUUGAGCAGGAGCGGACAGACCAAAAACAGUUCAGUCCUCAGAGGAAAAGACUUGGAAAUCACCUUCUAUUGUUGUGAAAAUAGACCAGCCAUAUGUAACAAACCUUCCAGACUGACAGAAUGUUUUCUCUUUGUAGCUUGUGCACUCUCAUCACAGUUCAACAGGAGUCAGACUCUUUUAUCUACAGCUGUGGGGAUCUGCUGUCCUUGCCGUCACUCAUACAUAUCAUAUUCCUCAGCUCCAUACAUGGAACUGUGUCCAGACUCACCUUCUGCUGAGCAGCGUCAUCUGAGAUAUGUUUCUUCAGAAUUUGCAAGACGGGAAUCUCCAUUAGCAUCUCUCUGGUUAUGAAAACCUACUUCUUACUAUUCAAGAGAGCUGCCUCUCGCACACAUGCAGGCAGGCCACCAGAUGUUUGAGGUGAUUACUGUCCACUGGGGGGCUCUCUACCUGUUGGCAGCAGGUGUGGCAUUAACAAUUGAAACACAGCGGCAGUGUCCGCCAUCCUGCCUCUGCAACCCGUUGCUCCUGGAGGUGAACUGCUCUGAUGUCCAACUCAGCAGAGUGCCUGACACUCUUCCACAAGAUGCUAAGUUACUGAGCUUAACCAAAAAUAAAAUCAAAAUCCUUGUGCAUCAGCAGUUCCAGGCUUUAACACAUCUGCAGGAUUUGGAUUUAAGUGACAACAUUCUGGCCGUCAUUGAAGUUGAAGCUUUUCUUGGCUUGCACAGUCUGCUAUCUCUGCAUCUUGCUCACAAUCACCUUAAGAUUAUUCCUGUAGGAGCAUUUACUGGACUGCCAAAACUGCAGAUGCUGGAUAUUAGCAGCAAUGAGAUCCUAGUUUUGCUAGAUUUUACAUUUCGUGACUUGGCAGCCCUGCAGUCUCUCAAAGCGGUGGAGAAUGACUUGGUUUUCAUCUCCCGUCAAGCUUUCAGUGGCCUGACCAGCUUACAACAGUUGCACCUUGAUGGGUCCAAUCUCACUGCUGUGCCAACGGAAGCACUCACACCACUCAGUGAUUUAAGGAGCCUCUAUUUUCAUCGGACGGGCCUCACCAUGCUGCCAAACUACUCUUUCCGUCAUCUUGGGCGUCUCAAAGUAUUAGUCAUAUCUCAUUGCCCCUGGUUGGAGACUCUCUCAACAAACAGCCUUUUUGGACUAAACCUUACAUCUUUAUCUAUUAGGCAUUGCAACCUCAGUGCUGUGCCAUACAUCCCUUUGUAUCAUCUUGUGUAUCUUGUAUACCUUGACCUUUCUUUUAAUCCUAUAACGUACAUUCAUAGGAACCUGCUUGGGGACUUGCUCCGACUCCAGGAGUUCCAUGUAUUUGGAGCAUCCCUGCUACAAAUUGAACAUGGAGCAUUCAAAGGUAUGUCUCAUUUAAAAGUUCUGAAUGUGUCACGGAACCGUCUCACCACCCUAGAGGCUGAAGUCUUUCAUUCAGUAGACAACCUGAAAACUCUGGGACUGGACAACAACCCAUUAGCGUGUGACUGCCGUUUGCUGUGGGUGGUGCAAAGGCAACUGCACCUAAACUUUGGUGGGAAUCUGCCAAUCUGCACUACCUCUGUCCAGCUGCAGGGCUGGAGCUUUCUGGACUUUUCCGGGGGUGAGCUCUCAGGGCUUCUAACUUGUCGUCAGCCUCGAGUUAGAAACCACAAACAUCAAGCACUGACAGUCGAGCAGGGGAACACAGUGGUGUUUUACUGCAAAGCAGAAGGUGACCCUCAGCCAUCUGUUACUUGGCUGAACCCACAGCUAAGACCUUUAUCAUCCAUGGGUAGAAUACGGACCCUCUCCAAUGGCUCGCUGGAGGUUCGCUACGCACAGCCUCAAGACAGCGGCACUUAUCUGUGUAUGGCGUCUAAUGCGGCAGGAAAUGACAGCCUCCGUGUGAGCCUCCGCGUCAGAGAAUUUCCAUCAUCAUCAAAAAAUAAUUUUCAUCUAAAAAGUUGGUUUGCCUCACCAUCUGUGUCUCCAGAUGAGACGGACACCCAGAAACUCCCAUUUGAUGUGAAAACAUUAUUGAUAGCAGCAACCAUUGGUUUUCUUUCAUUUUUUUGCUCUGUAAGCUUAUGCUUCAUUCUUAUGUUCUUCUGGAGUAAAAGCAAAGGGCAAAUAAAACACACGGCCACAAUCGCCUAUGUUCCUCGAAGUACGAUGUCGAGUAGUAACAGCGGCACAGGAAACUAUAUGGAGACAAGCAGGUUCACUAUGAAACUGCUGUGAGCCAUUUUUUGCAUUUUAUUGAAAAAUUAGACAAAAAUUUACAUAGGACCUAAGGAUAUAACUUCUCAACCAAGGAUGGAAAUCAUCAUGUUUAUCAUUUUUGUCUUUCCUUUUACAAGAAAGAAGGCAUAAAGCAUCUGAGUAAGAUAUAUUUAACCAGAAUAGUGCAUGAAAAUGUAAAGUUCAUCUAGGUGCUUUUUGUUUGUAAGUAUUUGUUUCCACUUUAACAGAGGAACUAUUUAAAAACUGUGGAAGAGGCUUAUGUGGUUUGGUUUUGUGUUAUUCACUCCUGAGAUGGUCAGCUUUAAAUAUAUCAAUUUUGACCUUAUAUUAAAGUUUACAUAUCGCUGUACACACUUAUGGCAUUAUAACAUGGCAUUUUGGUUUAAGGGUAUGUGAAAUGCAUUUUUUCUGUACUUUGCCAACAAAGUACCUUUUAACUUUAUUGUCUCAUGCCUCAUUAAAUAAAUUUGUUGGUUUUUGUACCUCA